ACCGCUUUCCAUUGAUAUUUACCAACAAUUCAAAUUCUUGCGGAUUAAGAAAUUCAUUAAUAAAACUACAACACAACAUCCUUCAUUCCUAAGACAAAUUAUUAAUUCCUUUCCCGAUUCCCAAACAAAUAAAAAAAUGAUAUACAUACAAAAAUCCUUAAUUCCUAAGACAAAAGUGUAACUCCCAAGUCCACGUUGUAAUAUUCCACCUAUAUAUUUAUACCCUCACUCUCUUGAAAAUAAUGGUACAAAUGGCAAACUUCAGCAGCUUCUACCAAGGGUGGCUCAGCCGCCAAGAAGACCUGCUCCGGCAGCUCGAGGCCCUCUUGUCGCCGGUUGACGGCUUCGACCGGAAGAGAGAAUGCGGCGAUAUCAUUCCUCGCGUAAUCGAGCAUUACCGGGAGUUCUACCGCGAGAAGGCGGCGGCGGUUGAGGAGGAUGUGUUUGUGUCGAUAUCUCCGCCGUGGAUGAGCUCCUUCGAGCGCUCGCUGCUGUGGAUUACGGGGUUUCGGCCGUCCAUCCUCUUCCCGAUCAUGGACGGCGCGCUGGCGGAGGAGCUGUCGCCGGGGCAGAUGCAGCGGAUGGAGGAGGUGAAGACGGAGUCGCGCCGGAGGGAGAGGGAGAUCACGCAGGACAUGGCGCGGGUGCAGGAGACGGUGGCGGAGCAGCCGGUCUACAGUCUGGUCAAGAGGUUCAGGAACUCGGUCGACUACUCGGUGCCGGAGAUGCAUGCGGCUAUAGACGAGCUCAAGGCGGCGAUGCGGGCGGUGGUCGGGAAUGCGGAUGCGCUUCAGGGGUGGACUGUGGCCGAGAUGGUAGAGGUGCUGGAUCCGGUGCAGGGGGUCAGGUUUUUGGCGGCGGUGGCGCGCUUUCAGCUUCGGGCCAGAAAUUGGGGGGUCGAGAGAGACGCCUAGACUACCUUUCGUUGAGAGUUGAGAGAGAGAGACGCAUCGGCCGUGACUUUUGACCUUUCCUUGAAAUCGGCUUUACUACCCUUUUUUUUUCUUUUCUUGGAUUUAGAAAUUAUUACUACAUUUCAAUUCAAGUGAAGUUUUAUCAUAUGUAUUACGCUACUCCCAAAUAUAUAUUAUGGUCAUAUGGUAUGUUGUUUUGUGA